AGAGGAGUGAGGUCUGUCAGCAGCAGUCCUGAGGCCACGCCCCCGUAUGGCUACCAGCUAGACUUGGACUUCCUGAAGUAUGUGGACGACAUACAGAGCGGCAACACCAUCAAGAGGCUGAACAUCCAGCGGAGAGCCAGGCCAGUCCGGCCGGCGGCGGAGCCCGUGCCCAGGGCAGGUAGCUCUGGUGGAGGCAGCUGGUACAGAGGGCAGGGCCAAGCUGAAUGGACCUCCACCGACUCCCUGCCCUCCUCCUGUGAAGAGACACAGCAGAGUCCCCUCUUCUACCCCACCCCCCGCCCCUUCCCCCAGCCUCACCCUCCCCUCUCCCCCACCCUGAUUUACCACGCCCCUCUCCCGCCCUGUGAGCCCCCCCCUCCCCUUCCUCCCCUAUCGCCUGAGGGCUACCUGAGCAUCCCCCCCGAACACCCCCAACGGCCCCAGCUCCCGCCCCCCUCACUGCGGGAGCCGCCCCUCCUCAACCCCCAGGUUGAGAAGACCCUGAUGGAGACGAGGAGGAGGUUAGAACAGGAGCGCCACCUCAUGCAGCCCCCGUCCCCCUCCGACCCCCCCGGACCUGCUCCUCGCCUCCGCCUGGCGUCCUUCGGGGGGAUGGGGGGGUCCAGCUCCUCCCUGUUCUCCCUUAGCGCCCCCCACCCCCACCCUCUGCUGCCCAAUGGGGGUGGGGGUAGUGGAGACUACAACCCCUACUACACGUUCAUGGGUUCCUCUAUCCACCACAGCCCCAUGUCCUCAGGCAUGACCACACCGACCACCAACGUGUCUCCGCUCCACCUGCAGCACAUCCGGGAGCAGAUGGUGGUGGCCCUGCGGAGGCUGAAGGAGCUAGAGGAGAAGGUGCAGACCAUACCUGUCCUGCAGGUGAAGAUAGCUGUGCUGCAGGAGGAGAAGAGACAGAUGACCUCUCAGAAGAACCAGAGGCUGGGGACGGGGGGCGUAGCGGAGGGAGGGUUCAGGAAGAGGUCCUAUAGCGUGGGCAGUGCUGACCAGUUGGCCGACCAGCUGGACACCCAGAGACACACCCUGCAGACCCAGGAGCUGCACAUCAUGGAGCCAGAUGGCCAGGAGGGUCAGGGCCAUAGUCAGAGCUCCCAGGGGAUGGAGGAGUUCAGGAGGCUGGCUGCAGAGGUCCAAGCCCUGGGGGAGAACGGCCAGGAGCAGACCCAGACCUCUCUCCCCCUCACCCACAAUAACAACAACCAGCUCACCUCCACGGCGGUCGGCCCAGAUGAGAACAUGAACGACGUCACGGUGGUCGCCCAGAAGAAGUCGCCGGUGAUGACGACGGUACAACAACGACGCUUCUACCGUGACGUCGGCAUGGCGACAGAGCAGCGUGAGACGCGCAGCGCUGGGACGGGAGUGACGGAGGCCUUGUUGGGUGUGACCAGCGAGGUGGAGGCAGAGCUGGAGCUGCAGCAGCAGACCAUCGAGGGCCUGAAGGAGAAGAUCUACCGGCUAGAGGUGGACCUGAGAGAGACCACCCACCUGAUGGAGAUGUCCAAGCUGAAGCUGGAGCUGCAGGCCGCUGGGGGAGCCAAUAGGAAGAGGGCUGAUAAAGGCUGCCAGGCGCGGCCAGACACCUACAGCACGGCCUGCGAGGCACGGCCAGACACCCAGAGCACUGGCUCAGUGACCAGGAGAGUCCAGACACACUGCCAGGGAGUGGGGAACCACAUAGAGACCAGCCAUGCCUCCACAGGGGUGGCUGGGGUGUCCUGUCAACCCAGCCUGAGAGACACUGCUUCGGGACCUGACCUGCCCGUGGAGAGGUGGUUGGUGCAGGAGAGGGUAGAGGUGCAGGACCAGUGUGUGGGGAGCCAGGUGGAGGUGUGUGACCAGGGGGUGAACACUGAUGAGGCCAGGGAGAGGAGGUCAGUCCAGGAGACUGAGGCCAGGGAGAGCAGGUCGGUGGGCGUUGGGGAGUGUUCUAUAGACGUCACUGUUUCUCCCAUCAGACAGCUGGUUACCAUGGGGACUAACCCUGUCCUGGGCGCCACCACGGACUCUGCUGUCAUGGUAACCCCAGACACAGCCUCCCAACACACCAGCACCCAACUGGAGACCGCUAGCCAACACACCAACACAGAGACAGUGGUGCUAGCUGACGGCUGUACCAACACCGCCCUGCUCCACACUGCUGAGAAACACACCAGCACGCUAACCAAUCACACCAGGACUGUCGCUGUGGGGGAGGGGCUGGUCAAAGACCCACAGACCGUGCCCAAAACCAGGUACUUUUUGAAUUGGAUUCAUUUAACAAUUUAACAACACAAUUUAACCACGUGGAUAUAAUACAAUGCAUUUUUGAACAAAUAAAAGUUAUAUAAACAUGUUCUAUUGUGGUUGUCCUUAGGUCUAUUGCCGUGGGAAACUCAGCAGAGAGAGACGGCAGUCCGGAGAAGGCGUGGUCGGCCCAGACCAAAGAGGUGGGCGUAGGCCUGGUCGGCAUCCACACCAACUUCCUGGUCGGCCUGAAGACCCGGAACAUCGCCUGUGGGCCCUCCCACCUGGACGGAGCCGCUGUAACCGAGGAGACCAUUGCCGUGACGACUGUUGUACCACCCCAGGCCCAGGGCAUAGCACCGCCCCAGCAGGUGGAGGGGCUGGAGCAGGCCAUAGCACCGCCCCAGCAGGUGGAGGGGCUGAACCAGGCCCAGGCCAUAGCACCGCCCCAGCAGGUGGAGGGGCUGGAGCAGGCCAUAGCACCGCCCCAGCAGGUGGAGGGGCUGAACCACUACAUAGAGAGGCUUCAGAAGCUACUUCAGGAACAACAGAUGCUGUUGACUGAGAACUACAGCGAGCUAGCGGACGCCUUCGGACAGCCCUGCUCUUCUCAGUUCAACCACUUCGGUUCUAUCAACAGCCAGCUGGUCAACACUCUGACUUCUAUCAACUCUGUCAUGAAGUAUGGCAGUGCUGAGGAUCUGAGAACACAGCAAGAUAGCAGCAGCACCACUACAGGUAGGACACAUUAGUCUGGCAUAUUAGUAUUUUCACACAGAAUGGCACGUCUAAUAGGUCAUUACACCAGGCCAUUGUUGUGUUCUUUGGUCUCUAGCCAGACAGACCAUUUAUCUACUGUUAGCCCGCUCUCUCUUCUCUCUCUCUGGUUAGUAUUGACCUAGCCCUAACAAUAGGAUAUCUCUGUUAACAGACCUGAAGAACCAACACAGCCCAGUUGGAACAUUACUGCUGUACUUUAUACUAGACUAUUUAUUAUCACGUUUUAGUAGGUUAAGAAUUCUUACAGGAUAGUGCAGCCUCAACAUUUAGCAGACGCUCUUAUCCAGAGCAACUUACAGUAGUGAAUGAAUACAUUUUCGUACUGAUCCCCCGUGGGAAUCGAACCCACAACCCAAGACAGCAUCACCAAAAUCAUUACUGUCCCUCACAACACUAAAGACCUGGUGACACUUUGCAUUUGUAUUUGUAUUUGUAUUUAUUAUGGAUCCCCAUUAGUUCCUGCCAAGGCAGCAGCUACUCUUCCUGGGGUUUAUUAUGGAUCCCCAUUAGUUCCUGCCAAGGCAGCAGCUACUCUUCCUGGGGUUUAUUAUGGAUCCCCAUUAGUUCCUGCCAAGGCAGCAGCUACUCUUCCUGGGGUUUAUUAUGGAUCCCCAUUAGUUGAUGCCAAGGCAGCAGCUACUCUUCCUGGGGUUUAUUAUGGAUCCCCAUUAGUUCCUGCCAAGGCAGCAGCUACUCUUCCUGGGGUUUAUUAUGGAUCCCCAUUAGUUCCUGCCAAGGCAGCAGCUACUCUUCCUGGGGUUUAUUAUGGAUCCCCAUUAGUUCCUGCCAAGGCAGCAGCUACUCUUCCUGGGGUUUAUUAUGGAUCCCCAUUAGUUCCUGCCAAGGCAGCGGCUACUCUUCCUGGGGUUUAUUAUGGAUCCCCAUUAGUUCCUGCCAAGGCAGCGGCUACUCUUCCUGGGGUUUAUUAUGGAUCCCCAUUAGUUCCUGCCAAGGCAGCAGUUACUCUUCCUGGGGUUUAUUAUGGAUCCACAUUAGUUCCUGCCAAGGCAGCAGCUACUCUUCCUGGGGUCCAGGAACCCCAAACUUCUCUUUCCAUGAUUCCGUCAUCCCGUCUGAGUCUUCCAGAGCCCAGUUGGGUCAUGCUCCGCUCCCAUGUAUCGAACGUCAAAGACGGAUCCAAGAUGGGCUCUGCCUGUACUGUGGAGGGAAAGAUCAUCUCAUCUCUCUGUGGGGGGCGAACAGGGCAAUGGCUGAGUAGAAGGGUCCCUCCGCUGCCAUGCAGGUAGGCGGGUCUGUAUUUCUAAAUAUCUCCCAGAAGCAAUUCUCCAUCCCAUUAUUGAUAACCGUGAAGGGGGUUAUGAAGUACGUAGAGGGCUUGAUAGAUUUGGGAGCAGCAGGUAGUUUUAUCGAUCCCCAGCUAGUACAAGAGCUUGACAUUGAUCUUACACCUGUCACUCUCCCUUAAGGAUUAACGUCCUGGACGGCCAGCCAUUGGGAAUGGGCUUCAUUACGCACCUGACACAGAGCGUCUCCCUCUUCCACACCGAAACCAUUCAACUCAUGGAACUCUCAUCCCCCAAACAGCCACUCAUCCUCGGACACCCCUGGCUUUGUCGUUACGACCCUGCCAUCUGGUGGCGACAAGGUGAACUACUGUCCUGGUCUUCUGCCUGCUUCACCAGUUGUCUCAGCCUACCCUGCAGAUCCACCACCAUUGAGGACUCUGCCUCUGCAGUGCCACCCACCAUACCAUCUGAAUACGCCCAGUACAGCAAUGUCUUCAGCAAAAUCAAGGCCUCCACUCUGCCACCACAUCGCCCAGGGGACUGUGCUAUUGACUUACCCCCUGGAGUGUCCCCACCGAAGGGCUGUGUUUAACCCCUAUCUAUCCCGGAAAAUGAGGCAAUGGAGAACUACAUUGAUGAAGCACUCAAACCGUUUCAUUUGUCCUUCUUCUUCCCCGGCUGCGUCCAGCUUCUUCUUCGUUGGAAAACAGGACGAUGGUCUCCGUCCAUGUAUUGAUUACCGUUCCCUGAAUGACGUUACGGUCAAGAACCGUUUCCCUCUUCCUCUGAUCCCAGCGACCCUUGAACAAGUGGGCCACGCCAACAUCUAUACAAAACUCGACCUGCGGAGUGCAUAUAACCUUGUCCGUAUACGUGAAGGUGACGAAUGGAAGACGGCCUUUAUCACCGCACGAGGGCACUAUGAAUACCUGGUCAUGCCCUACGGCCUUACUAACGCCCCCGCCGUCUUCCAAUCCUUUAUGAAUGAGGUUUUCCAGGAUAUGAUCAACCGCUUUCUCAUCGUCUGCAUUGAUGACAUCCUGAUUUACUCCCUGAAGGAACACAUACAGCAUGUACCAAGGGUUCUUCAACGGCUCCUUGACCAUAACCUUUAUGUGAAGACUGAAAAGAGCCCCUUCCAUGUAACCUCGGUAAACUUCCUCGGUUUCGUACCGACACCUGGAGGGGUCAGCAUGGAUGAGAACAAAGUCACCGCCGUCAGUAACUGGCCCAAACCCACCACCGUCAGUAACUGGCCCAAACCCACCGCCGUCAGUAACUGGCCCAAACCCACCACCGUUAAGGAACUCCAACGUUUCAUUGGGUUCUCCAACUUCUAUCGCCGGUUCAUUCGGAACUUCAGUUCUACUGCCGCUCCCCUCACUGCCCUUACCAGCCAAACGACCCGGACCCUUCAAUGGACUGAUACUGCACUGACUGCUUUCAACACCUUGAGACGCCUCUUCACCUCAGCUCCUGUCCUUCGCCAACCUGAUCCGACCCUUCCUUUCACCCUGGAGGUGGAUGCCUCCGAAGUAGGAGUAGGAGCCAUACUCUCUCAGCGGGUGGGAACACCUCCAAAAUCACAUCCUUGUGCCUUCUUCUCCAGGAAGUUAUCCCCCGCUGAGAGGAAUUACAAUGUGGGGAACAGAGAACUCCUCGCCAUCAAGCUGGCCCUCGAGGAGUGGCGCCACUGGUUGGAGGGCGCACAACAUCCCUUUCUCGUCCUGACAGAUCAUCGUAAUCUGGAAUAUAUCAGAGGGGCCAAGAGGUUAAACUCCAGACAAGCCCGCUAGGCUCUUCUUCACACGCUUCCAUUUUCAUGUUACUUACAUCCCUGGAAAGAAAAACGUAAAAGCUGAUGCUCUCUCCUGCCAUUUUGACCUUCGACCAGUAACUCAGACCCUACACCCAUCCUUCCUUCCUCCUGGGACCGGUACAGUGGGAGGUUCACUCUGCCAUACAGGAAGCCCUAACCUCAGACCCGGCUCCUCCUGAGACACCAGCAGGGAAGAGUUACGUACCAGUAGCUGUUAGACCCCAACUGAUGCAAUGGUGUCACACAUCCUUGGGGUCAGGUCAUCCGGGCAUUACACGAACCGCCGAACUUCUAGCCCGUAAGUUCUGGUGGUCCUCACUGGCAUCCGACAUCAGGGAUUACGUACUCUCCUGUCCAGUCUGCGCCCAAACCAAAAGCCCUCGUCAUCUCCCUUCCGGUAAGUAUCAACCUUUGCCAAUCCCUCACAGACCCUGGUCCCACAUAGCUGUUGACUUCAUCACAGACCUUCCUGAAUUCUCUGGGAACACCACCAUCCCAUCACAGACCUUCCUGAAUUCUCUGGUAACACCACCAUCCUUGGUGCCACUCUGCGCGUGAUCUGCACCCUUUUCUCCCUGAGUAUUCAUUACAACUGUGCGCCUCCGAUAGUCUGUUCUGGACUUGGGGGCUGUGAAUAGACCUCUGGUGGCAUGUCUUGUGGGGUAUGCAUGGGUGUCCGAGCUGUGUGCCAGUAGUUCAAACAGACAGCUCGGUUCAUUCAACAUGUCAAUAUUUCUCACAAAUACAAGUAGUGAUGAAGUCAAUCUCUCCUCCACUUUGAGCCAGGAGAGAUUGAUAUGCAUAUUAUUAAUGUUAGCUCUCUGUGUAAAUCCAAGGGCCGGCCGUGCUGCCCUGUUCUGAGACAAUUGCAAUUUUCCUAAGUUUCUCUUUGUGGCAUCUGACCACCGAUUUGAUUUGAUUAAUGUUAGCUCUCCGUGUACUUUUAAGGGCCAGCCGUGCUGCCCUGUUCUGAGCCAACUGCAAAAUUCCCAAGUCCCUCUUUGUGGCAACUGACCACACGACUGAACAGUAGUCCAGGUGCGACAAAACUAGAGCCUGUAGGACCUGCCUUGUUGACAGUGCUGUUAAGAAUGCAGAGUAAUGCUUUAUUAUGGACAGACUUCUCCCCAUCUUAGCUACUGUUGUAUCAAUAUGUUUUGACCAUGACAGUUUAGAAUCCAGGGUUACUCCAAGCAGUUUAGUCUCCUCGACUUGCUCGACCACAUUUAUUCAUUACAAUAUUUAGUUGAGGUUUAGAAUUUAGUGAAUGAUUUGUCCCAAAUACAAUGCUUUUAGUUAUUGAAAUAUUUAGGACUAAUUUAUUCCUUGCCACCCAUUCUUAACUGCAGCUCUUUGUUAAGUGUUGCAGUCAUUUCAGUCGCUGUGGUAGCUGACAUGUAUAGUUUUUACUCAAGGCCAGUGGCAUGUCAUUAGUAAAGAUUGAAAAAAGUAAGGGGCCUAGACAUCUGCCCUGGGGAAUUCCUGAUUCUACCUGGAUUAUGUUGGAGAGGCUUCCAUUAAAGAACACCCUCUGUGUUCUGUUAGACGGGUAACUCUGUAUCCACAACAUAUCAGGGGGUGUAAAGCCAUAACACAUACGUUUUACCAGCAACAGACUAUAAUCGAUAAUGUCAAAAGCCGCACUGAAGUCUAACAAAAGAACCCCCACAAUCUUUUUAUCAAUUUCUCUCAGCCAAUCAUCAGUCAUUUGUGUAAGUGCUGUGCUUGUUGAAUGUCCUUCCCUAUAAGCGUGCUGAAAGACUGUUGUCAAUUUGUUUACUGUAAAAUAGCAUUGUAUCUGGUCAUUUCAAUUUUUUCCAAUAGUUUACUAAGGGUUGGUAACAGGCUGAUUGGUCGGCUGUUUGAGCCAGUAAGGAGGGCUUUACUAUUCUUAGGUAGCAGAAUGACUUUAGCUGCCCUCCAAGCCUGAGGGCACACACUUUCUAUUAGGCUUAGAUUGAAGAUAUGGCAAAUAGGAGUGGCAAUAUCAUCCACUAUUAUCCUCAGUAAUUUUCCAUCCAAGUUGUCAGACCCCGGUGGCUUGUCAUUGUUGUUUGACAACAAUAUUUUUUCACCUCUUCCAAAUGUACUUUAUGGAAUUCAAAAUUACAAUGCUUGUUUUUCAUAAGUUGGUCAGAUAUAUUUGGAUGUGUAGUGUCAGCGUUUGUUGCUGGCAUGUCAUGCCUAAGUUUGCUAAUCUUGCCAAUGAAAAAAAUCAUUAAAGUAGUUGGCAAUAUCAGUGGGUUUUGUGAUGAAUGAGCCAUCUGAUUCAAUGAAUGGAGCGGAGUUUGCCUUUUUGCCCAGAAUGUCAUUUAAGGUGCUCCAAAGCUUUUUACCAUCUUUCUUUAUGUCAUUUAUCUUUGUUUCAUAGUAUAGUUUCUUCUUCUUUUUAUUCAGUUUAGUCACAUGAUUUCUCAAUUUGCAGUACGUUUGCCAAAUCACUUCAUCAAGACAAUGCAGACAGAAAGAAAGAAAGACAGGGAGUCACACAGGGAGAGAAACAGACAGACAGGGAGAGGGGGUGUAUACGGAACAUUUCAAGAACUUUGAAAGUUUCUUCAAGUGCAGUCGCAAAAACCAUCAAGUGCUAUGAAGAAACUGGCUCUCAUGAGGACCGCCACCACUAGAAUGGAAGACCCAGAGUUCCUCUGCUGCAGAGGAUAAGUUCAUUAGAGUUACCAGCCUAAGAAAUUGCAGCCCAAAUAAAUGCUUCACAGAGUUCAAGUAACAGACACAUCUCAACAUCAACUGUUCAGAGGAGACUGUGUGAAUCAGGCCUUCAUGGUCGAAUUACUGCAAAGAAACCACUACUAAAGGACACCAAUAAGAAGAAGAGACCUGCUUGGGCCAAGAAACACGAGCAAUGGACAUUAGACCGGUGCGAAUUUGUCCUUUGGUCUGGAGUCCAAAUUUGAGAUUUUUGGUUCCAACCGCCGUGUCUUUGUGAAAUGCGGUGUGGUUGAACGGACGAUCUCAUGUGUAUUUCCCACCGCAAAGCAUGGAGGAGGUGUUAUGGUGUGGGGGUGCUUUGCUGGUGACACUGUCUGUGAUUUAUUUAGAAUUCAAGGCACACUUAACCAGCAUGGCUACCACAGCAUUCUACAGCGAUACGCCAUCCCAUCUGGUUUGCGCUUAGUGGGACUAUCAUUUGUUUUUCAACAGGACAAUGACCCAACACACCUCCAGGUUGUGUAAGAGCUAUUUGACCAAGAAGGAGAGUGAUGGAGUGCUGCCUCAGAUGACCUGGCCUCCACAAUCACCCGACCUCAACCAAAUUGAGAUGGUUUGGGAUGAGUCGGACCGCAGAGUGAAGGAAAAGCAGCCCACAAGUGCUCAGCAUAUGUGGGAACUCCUUCAAGACUGUUGGAAAAGCAUUCCAGGUGAAGCUGGUUGAGAGAAUACCAAGAGUGUGCAAAGCUGUCAUCAAGGCAAAGGGUGGCUAUUUGAAGAAUCUCAAAUAUAAAAUAUAUUUUGAUUUGUUUAACACUUUUUUCGUUACUACAUGACUCCAUAUGUGUUAUUUCAUAGAUUUGAUGUCUUCACUAUUAUUCUACAGUGUAAAAAAUAGUAUAAAAUAAAGAUCAAUCCUGGAAUGACAUCAAAUAGAUUUUUAUUUUAACCUUUAUUUUAACAGGGAAGACAUAUUGAGACUAGGUCUCUUUUUCAAAUGCGUCCUGUAUAAUACAAUUUAAAUGUACAAAAACACAGUCAUGGUAAGCACAAAUAAAACAUCAUAAAUCACCCCAAAAAACAGUUACAUUCCUCUACAAAUAAAUCCCCAAUCAAUACUUUAAAUUGCCCGAACGGCACCAGAACAUCAAGAUUAAAUGUAUUUUGAAUUUUGUUCCAGCAAUACAGUGCAUUAAAGCUAAAAGCAGAUUUAUUUAUUUGAUUUAGAAUUUUAAGACCCCUUGAAGUAAAAAAAAAUAUACUACAUGGAUCAACAGAUAGUCCUUACUGCUAUUAGCCCAUACAAACACAUUGAAUAACAGAUUCACUACAUGGAACAACAGAUAGUCCUUACUGCUAUUAGCCCAUACAAACACAUUGAAUAACAGAUUCACUACAUGGAACAACAGAUAGUCCUUACUGCUAUUAGCCCAUACAAACGCAUUGAAUAACAUAUUCACUACAUGGAACAACAGAUAGUCCUUACUGCUAUUAGCCCGUACAAACACAUUGAAUAACAGAAUCACUACAUGGAACAACAGAUAGUCCUUACUGCUAUUAGCCCAUACAAACACAUUGAAUAACAGAUUCACUACAUGGAACAACAGAUAGUCCUUACUGCUAUUAGCCCAUACAAACACAUUGAAUAACAGAUUCACUACAUGGAACAACAGAUAGUCCUUACUGCUAUUAGCCCAUACAAACACAUUGAAUAACAGAUUCACUACAUGGAACAACAGAUAGUCCUUACUGCUAUUAGCCCAUACAAACGCAUUGAAUAACAUAUUCACUACAUGGAACAACAGAUAGUCCUUACUGCUAUUAGCCCAUACAAACACAUUGAAUAACAGAUUCACUACAUGGAACAACAGAUAGUCCUUACUGCUAUUAGCCCAUACAAACACAUUGAAUAACAGAUUCACUACAUGGAACAACAGAUAGUCCUUACUGCUAUUAGCCCAUACAAACACAUUGAAUAACAGAUUCACUACAUGGAACAACAGAUAGUCCCCCCCCCCAACAAAUCUAAAGGAAGUUUGUUCUGAAGUGUCUGUCCUAUCUACAUCUGAGAGAUAUUAGAAAGAUCAUGAAACUUUUGUAAAAAAACAAUUGACAGGUAUUUCACCUUAUUUUUGGCACUAAACAGUCUCCAUGGAUACUUCCAUUCAUUUUUUCAACUGGUACCGGUGGACCUUCAGACGAGUCGUGUCAGGCCUGUUGGCGUCCUAGAGGCCUGUUGGUGUCCUAGAGGCCUGUUGGCGUCCUAGAGGCCUGUUGGCGUCCUAGAGGCCUGUUGGUCUCCUAGAGGCCUGUUGGCGUCCUAGAGGCCUGUUGGUCUCCUAGAGGCCUGUUGGUCUCCUAGAGGCCUGUUGGUGUCCUAGAGGCCUGUUGGCAUCCUAGAGGCCUGUUGGCGUCCUAGAGGCCUUUUGGUGUCCUAGAGGCCUGUUGGUCUCCUAGAGGCCUGUUGGUGUCCUAGAGGCCUGUUGGCGUACUAGAGGCCUGUUGGCGUACUAGAGGCCUGUUGGCGUCCUAGAGGCCUGUUGGCGCUGUUGGCGUCCUAGAGGCCUGUUGGCGUCCUAGAGGCCUGUUGGCGUCCUAGAGGCCUGUUGGCGUCCUAGAGGCCUGUUGGUCUCCUAGAGAACUGUUGGCGUCCUAGAGGCCUGUUGGCCUCCUAGAGGCCUGUUGGUGUCCUAGAGGCCUGUUGGCGUCCUAGAGGCCUGUUGGUCUCCUAGAGGCCUGUUGGUCUCCUAGAGGCCUGUUGGCGUCCUAGAGGCCUGUUGGUCUCCUAGAGGCCUGUUGGCGUCCUAGAGGCCUGUUGGCGUCCUAGAGGCCUGUUGGUGUCCUAGAGGCCUGUUGGCGUCCUAGAGGCCUGUUGGUCUCCUAGAGGCCUGUUGGUCUCCUAGAGGCCUGUUGGCCUCCUAGAGGCCUGUUGGCGUCCUAGAGGCCUGUUGGUGUCCUAGAGGCCUGUUGGCGUCCUAGAGGCCUGUGACUGUUGGCGUCCUAGAGGCCUGUUGGCGUCCUAGAGGCCUGUUGGCGUCCUAGAGGCCUGUUGGUCUCCUAGAGGCCUGUUGGUCUCCUAGAGGCCUGUUGGUCUCCUAGAGGCCUGUUGGCGUCCUAGAGGCCUGUUGGUCUCCUAGAGGCCUGUUGGCGUCCUAGAGGCCUGUUGGUCUCCUAGAGGCCUGUUGGCGUCCUAGAGGCCUGUUGGCGUCCUAGAGGCCUGUUGGUCUCCUAGAGGCCUGUUGGCGUCCUAGAGGCCUGUUGGCGUCCUAGAGGCCUGUUGGUGUCCUAGAGGCCUGUUGGCGUCCUAGAGGCCUGUUGGCGUCCUAGAGGCCUGUUGGCGUCCUAGAGGCCUGUUGGUCUCCUAGAGGCCUGUUGGCGUCCUAGAGGCCUGUUGGCGUCCUAGAGGCCUGUUGGCGUCCUAGAGGCCUGUUGGCGUCCUAGAGGCCUGUUGGUCUCCUAGAGGCCUGUUGGUCUCCUAGAGGCCUGUUGGCCUCCUAGAGGCCUGUUGGCGUCCUAGAGGCCUGUUGGUGUCCUAGAGGCCUGUUGGCGUCCUAGAGGCCUGUUGGUCUCCUAGAGGCCUGUUGGUCUCCUAGAGGCCUGUUGGCCUCCUAGAGGCCUGUUGGCGUCCUAGAGGCCUGUUGGUGUCCUAGAGGCCUGUUGGCGUCCUAGAGGCCUGUGACUGUUGGCGUCCUAGAGGCCUGUUGGCGUCCUAGAGGCCUGUUGGCGUCCUAGAGGCCUGUUGGCGUCCUAGAGGCCUGUUGGUCUCCUAGAGGCCUGUUGGUCUCCUAGAGGCCUGUUGGUCUCCUAGAGGCCUGUUGGCGUCCUAGAGGCCUGUUGGUCUCCUAGAGGCCUGUUGGCGUCCUAGAGGCCUGUUGGUCUCCUAGAGGCCUGUUGGCGUCCUAGAGGCCUGUUGGCGUCCUAGAGGCCUGUUGGCGUCCUAGAGGCCUGUUGGUGUCCUAGAGGCCUGUUGGCGUCCUAGAGGCCUGUUGGUCUCCUAGAGGCCUGUUGGUCUCCUAGAGGCCUGUUGGCCUCCUAGAGGCCUGUUGGCGUCCUAGAGGCCUGUUGGUGUCCUAGAGGCCUGUUGGCGUCCUAGAGGCCUGUGACUGUUGGCGUCCUAGAGGCCUGUUGGCGUCCUAGAGGCCUGUUGGCGUCCUAGAGGCCUGUUGGUCUCCUAGAGGCCUGUUGGUCUCCUAGAGGCCUGUUGGUCUCCUAGAGGCCUGUUGGCGUCCUAGAGGCCUGUUGGUCUCCUAGAGGCCUGUUGGCGUCCUAGAGGCCUGUUGGUCUCCUAGAGGCCUGUUGGCGUCCUAGAGGCCUGUUGGCGUCCUAGAGGCCUGUUGGUCUCCUAGAGGCCUGUUGGCCUCCUAGAGGCCUGUUGGCGUCCUAGAGGCCUGUUGGUGUCCUAGAGGCCUGUUGGCGUCCUAGAGGCCUGUGACUGUUGGCGUCCUAGAGGCCUGUUGGCGUCCUAGAGGCCUGUUGGCGUCCUAGAGGCCUGUUGGUCUCCUAGAGGCCUGUUGGUCUCCUAGAGGCCUGUUGGCGUCCUAGAGGCCUGUUGGUCUCCUAGAGGCCUGUUGGCGUCCUAGAGGCCUGUUGGUCUCCUAGAGGCCUGUUGGCGUCCUAGAGGCCUGUUGGCGUCCUAGAGGCCUGUUGGUCUCCUAGAGGCCUGUUGGUGUCCUAGAGGCCUGUUGGCGUCCUAGAGGCCUGUUGGCCUGUUGUCUCCUAGAGGCCUGUUGGCGUCCUAGAGGCCUGUUGGCGUCCUAGAGGCCUGUUGGCGUCCUAGAGGCCUGUUGGCGUCCUAGAGGCCUGUUGGCGUCCUAGAGGCCUGUUGGCGUCCUAGAGGCCUGUUGGUCUCCUAGAGGCCUGUUGGCGUCCUAGGGCCUUUUGGUCUCCUAGAGGCCUGUUGGCGUCCUAGAGGCCUGUUGGGUCCUAGAGGCCUGUUGGUGUCCUAGAGGCCUGUUGGCGUCCUAGAGGCCUUUGGCCUCCUAAGCCUGUUGGCUCCUAGAGGCCUGUUGGCGUCCUAGAGGCCUGUUGGUCUCCUAGAGGCCUGUUGGCGUCCUAGAGGCCUUUGGCGUCCUAGAGGCCUGUUGGCGUCCUAGAGGGCUGUGGUCUCCUAGAGAACUUUGGGUCCUAGAGGCCUGUUGCCUCCUAGAGGCCUGUGGUGUCCUAGAGGCCUGUUGGCGUCCUAGAGGCCUGUUGGUCUCCUAGAGGCCUGUUGGUCUCCUAGAGGCCUGUUGGCGUCCUAGAGGCCUGUUGGUCUCCUAGAGGCCUGUUGGCGUCCUAGAGGCCUGUUGGCGUCCUAGAGGCCUGUUGGUGUCCUAGAGGCCUGUUGGCGUCCUAGAGGCCUGUUGGUCUCCUAGAGGCCUGUUGGUCUCCUAGAGGCCUGUUGGCCUCCUAGAGGCCUGUUGGCGUCCUAGAGGCCUGUUGGUGUCCUAGAGGCCUGUUGGCGUCCUAGAGGCCUGUUGGUCUCCUAGAGGCCUGUUGGUCUCCUAGAGGCCUGUUGGCCUCCUAGAGGCCUGUUGGCGUCCUAGAGGCCUGUUGGUGUCCUAGAGGCCUGUUGGCGUCCUAGAGGCCUGUGACUGUUGGCGUCCUAGAGGCCUGUUGGCGUCCUAGAGGCCUGUUGGCGUCCUAGAGGCCUGUUGGUCUCCUAGAGGCCUGUUGGUCUCCUAGAGGCCUGUUGGUCUCCUAGAGGCCUGUUGGCGUCCUAGAGGCCUGUUGGUCUCCUAGAGGCCUGUUGGCGUCCUAGAGGCCUGUUGGUCUCCUAGAGGCCUGUUGGCGUCCUAGAGGCCUGUUGGCGUCCUAGAGGCCUGUUGGUCUCCUAGAGGCCUGUUGGUGUCCUAGAGGCCUGUUGGCGUCCUAGAGGCCUGUUGGGCCUGUUGGUCUCCUAGAGGCCUGUUGGCGUCCUAGAGGCCUGUUGGCGUCCUAGAGGCCUGUUGGCGUCCUAGAGGCCUGUUGGCGUCCUAGAGGCCUGUUGGCGUCCUAGAGGCCUGUUGGUCUCCUAGAGGCCUGUUGGCGUCCUAGAGGCCUUUUGGUCUCCUAGAGGCCUGUUGGCGUCCUAGAGGCCUGUUGGUGUCCUAGAGGCCUGUUGGCGUCCUAGAGGCCUGUUGGCCUCCUAGAGGCCUGUUGGUCUCCUAGAGGCCUGUUGGCGUCCUAGAGGCCUGUUGGUCUCCUAGAGGCCUGUUGGCGUCCUAGAGGCCUGUUGGCGUCCUAGAGGCCUGUUGGUCUCCUAGAGGCCUGUUGGUCUCCUAGAGGCCUGUUGGUCUCCUAGAGGCCUGUUGGCGUCCUAGAGGCCUGUUGGUGUCCUAGACGCCUGUUGGUGUCCUAGAGGCCUGUUGGCGUCCUAGAGGCCUGUUGGCGUCCUAGAGGCCUGUUGGCGUCCUAGAGGCCUGUUGGUCUCCUAGAGGCCUGUUGGUCUCCUAGAGGCCUGUUGGCGUCCUAGAGGCCUGUUGGUCUCCUAGAGGCCUGUUGGCGUCCUAGAGGCCUGUUGGCCUCCUAGAGGCCUGUUGGCGUCCUAGAGGCCUGUUGGCGUCCUAGAGGCCUGUUGGUCUCCUAGAGGCCUGUUGGCGUCCUAGAGGCCUGUUGGCGUCCUAGAGGCCUGUUGGUCUCCUAGAGGCCUGUUGGUCUCCUAGAGGCCUGUUGGUCUCCUAGAGGCCUGUUGGCGUCCUAGAGGCCUGUUGGUCUCCUAGAGGCCUGUUGGCGUCCUAGAGGCCUGUUGGCGUCCUAGAGGCCUGUUGGUGUCCUAGAGGCCUGUUGGCAUCCUAGAGGCCUGUUGGCGUCCUAGAGGCCUGUUGGCGUCCUAGAGGCCUGUUGGCUUCUAGAGGCCUGUUUGGCGUCCUAGAGGCCUGUUGGUCUCCUAGAGGCCUGUUGGCGUCCUAGAGGCCUGUUGCGUCCUAGAGCCUGUUGGCUCCUAGAGGCCUGUUGGCGUCCUAGAGGCCUUUGGCGUCCUAGAGGCCUGUUGGCGUCCUAGAGGCCUGUUUGCGUCCUAGAGGCCUGUUGGCGUCCUAGAGGCCUGUUGGCGUCCUAGAGGCCUGUUUGGCCGUCCUAGAGGCCUGUUGGCUCCUAGAGGCCUGUUGGCGUCCUAGAGGCCGUUGGCCUCCUAGAGGCCUGUUGGCGUCCUAGAGGCCUGUUGGCCUCCUAGAGGCCUGUUGGCGUCCUAGAGGCCUGUUGGCGUCCUAGAGGCCUGUUGGUCUCCUAGAGGCCUGUUGGUCUCCUAGAGACCUGUUGGCGUCCUAGAGGCCUGUUGGCGUCCUAGAGGCCUGUUGGUGUCCUAGAGGCCUGUUGGUGUCCUAGAGGCCUGUUGGCGUCCUAGAGGCCUGUUGGUCUCCUAGAGGCCUGUUGGUCUCCUAGAGGCCUGUUGGCGUCCUAGAGGCCUGUUGGUCUCCUAAGGCCUGUUGGUCUCCUAGAGGCCUGUUGGCGUCCUAGAGGCCUGUUGGCGUCCUAGAGGCCUGUUGGCGUCCUAGAGGCCUGUUGGUGCCUAGAGGCCUGUUGGCGUCCUAGAGGCCUGUUGGCGUCCUAGAGGCCUGUUGGCGUCCUAGAGGCCUGUUGGCGUCCUAGAGGCCUGUUUGGUCGUCCUAGAGGCCUGUUGGCUCCUAGAGGCCUGUUGGCGUCCUAGAGGCCUGUUGGCGUCCUAGAGGCCUGUUGGUCUCCUAGAGGCCUUUGGUCUCCUAGAGGCCUGUUGGCGUCCUAGAGGCCUGUUGGUCUCCUAGAGGCCUGUUGGCGUCCUAGAGGCCUGUUGGCGUCCUAGAGGCCUGUUGGUCUCCUAGAGGCCUGUUGGCGUCCUAGAGGCCUGUUGGUCUCCUAGAGGCCUGUUGGCGUCCUAGAGGCCUGUUGGCGUCCUAGAGGCCUGUUGGCGUCCUAGAGGCCUGUUGGCUCCUAGAGGCCUGUUGGUCUCCUAGAGGCCGUUGGCGUCCUAGAGGCCUGUUGGUGUCCUAGAGGCCUGUUGGUGUCCUAGAGGCCUGUUGGCUUCCUAGAGGCCUGUUGGCGUCCUAGAGGCCUGUUGGUCUCCUAGAGGCCUGUUGGUCUCCUAGAGGCCUGUUGGCGUCCUAGAGGCCUGUUGGUCGUCCUAGAGGCCUGUUGGCGUCCUAGAGGCCUGUUGGCUCCUAGAGGCCUGUUGGCGUCCUAGAGCCUGUUGGCGUCCUAGAGGCCUGUUGGCGUCCUAGAGGCCUGUUUGGUCUCCUAGAGGCCUGUUGGUCGUCCUAGAGGCCUGUUGGCGUCCUAGAGCCUGUUGGUCGUCCUAGAGGCCUGUUGGUCUCCUAGAGGCCUGUUGGCGUCCUAGAGGCCUGUUGGCGUCCUAGAGGCCUGUUGGUCUCCUAGAGCCUGUUGUCUCCUAGAGGCCUGUUGGCUCCUAGAGGCCUGUUGGUCUCCUAAGCCUGUUGGCGUCCUAGAGGCCUUGUGUUGGUCCUCCUAGAGGCUGUUGGCGUCCUAGAGGCCUGUUGGCGUCCUAGAGGCCUUUGGUCCUCCUGAGAGGCCUGUUGGCUCCUAGAGGCCUUUGGCGUCCUAGAGGCCUGUUGGCGUCCUAGAGGCCUGUUGGGCGUCCUAGAGGCCUGUUGGUCUCCUAGAGGCCUGUUGGCGUCCUAGAGGCCUGUUUGCUCCUAGAGCCGGUUGGCGUCCUAGAGGCCUGUUGGUCUCUAGAGGCCUGUUGGUCUCCUAGAGGCCUGUUGGCGUCCUAGAGGCCUGUUGGCGUCCUAGAGGCCUGUUGUUGGUCUCCUAGAGGGCCUGUUGGCGUCCUAGAGGCCUGUUGGGUCCUAGAGGCCUGUUGGCGUCCUAGAGGCCUGUUGGUCUCCUAGAGGCCUGUUGGCUCCUAGAGGCCUGUUGGCGUCCUAGAGGCCUGUUGGCGUCCUAGAGGCCUGUUGGUCUCCUAGAGGCCUGUUGGCGUCCUAGAGGCCUGUUGGCGUCCUAGAGGCCUGUUGGCUCCUAGAGGCCUGUUGGUCUCCUAGAGGCCUGUUGGCGUCCUAGAGGCCUGUUGGCUCCUAGAGGCCUGUUGGGUCCUAGAGGCCUGUUGGCUCCUAGAGGCCUGUUGGUCUCCUAGAGGCCUGUUGGCGUCCUAGAGGCCUGUUGGCGUCCUAGAGGCCUGUUGGUUCUCCUAGAGGCCUGUUGGCGUCCUAGAGGCCUGUUGGCGUCCUAGGGCCUGUUUGGUCUCCUAGAGGCCUGUUGGUCUCCUAGAGGCCUGUUGGCGUCCUAGAGGCCUGUUGGCGUCCUAGAGGCCUGUUGGCGUCCUAGAGGCCUGUUGGUCUCCUAGAGGCCUGUUGGUCUCCUAGAGGCCUGUUGGCGUCCUAGAGGCCUGUUGGCGUCCUAGAGGCCUGUUGGUCUCCUAGAGGCCUGUUGGCUCCUAGAGGCCUGUUGGCGUCCUAGAGGCCUGUUGGUUCCUAGAGGCCUGUUGGUUCCUAGAGGCCUGUUGGCGUCCUAGAGGCCUGUUGGUCGUCCUAGAGGCCUGUUGGCGUCCUAGAGGCCUGUUGGCGUCCUAGAGGCCUGUUGGUCUCCUAGAGGCCUGUUGGCGUCCUAGAGGCCUGUUGGUCUCCUAGAGGCCUGUUGGCGUCCUAGAGGCCUGUUGGUCUCCUAGAGGCCUGUUGGCGUCCUAGAGGCCUGUUGGCGUCCUAGAGGCCUGUUGGUCUCCUAGAGGCCUGUUGGUCUCCUAGAGGCCUGUUGGCGUCCUAGAGGCCUGUUGGUCUCCUAGAGGCCUGUUGGCGUCCUAGAGGCCUGUUGGCGUCCUAGAGGCCUGUUGGCUCCUAGAGGCCUGUUGCGUGCUCCUAGAGGCCUGUUGGUCUCCUAGAGGCCUGUUGGCGUCCUAGAGGCCUGUUGGUCGUCCUAGAGGCCUGUUGGCUCCUAGAGGCCUGUUGGUCUCCUAGAGGCCUGUUGGGUCCUAGAGGCCUGUUGGCGUCCUAGAGGCCUGUUGGCGUCCUAGAGGCCUGUUGGCGUCCUAGAGGCCUGUUGGUCCUAGAGCCUGUGCGCAGAGGCCUUUGGCGUCCUAGAGGCCUGUUGGCGUCCUAGAGCCUGUUGGUCUCCUAGAGGCCUGUUGGCGUCCUAGAGGCCUGUGUGGUCUCCUAGAGGCCUGUUGGCGUCCCUUUGAGGCCUGUUGGUCCUAGAGGCCUGUUGGCGUCCUAGAGGCCUGUUGGCUCCUAGAGGCCUGUUGGCUCUAGACCUUGAGGUCCAAGGCUCCUGGUGUUGGUCGUCCUAGAGGCCUGUUGGGCUGUCCUAGAGGCCUGUUGGUCUCCUAGAGGCCUGUUGGGUCCUAGAGGCCUGUUGGUCUCCUAGAGGCCUGUUGGCGUCCUAGAGGCCUGUUGGUCUGCCUAGAGGCCUGUUGGCGUCCUAGAGGCCUGUUGGUCUCCUAGAGGCCUGUUGGUUCCUAGAGGCCUGUUGGCGUCCUAGAGGCCUGUUGGCGUCCUAGAGGCCUGUUGGUCUCCUAGAGGCCUGUUGGUCUCCUAGAGGCCUGUUGGCGUCCUAGAGGCCUGUUGGUCUCCUAGAGGCCUGUUGGUCCUAGAGGCCUGUUGGCGUCCUAGAGGCCUGUUGGCGCCUAGAGGCCUGUUGUCUCCUAGAGGCCUGUUGGUCUCCUAGAGCCUGUUGCGCGUCUCCUAGAGGCCUGUUGGUCUCCUAGAGGCCUGUUGGCGUCCUAGAGGCCUGUUGGUCUCCUAGAGGCCUGUUGGUGUCCUAGAGGCCUGUUGGUCUCCUAGAGGCCUGUUGGCGUCCUAGAGGCCUGUUGGUCUCCUAGAGGCCUGUUGGGUCCUAGAGGCCUGUUGGUCUCCUAGAGGCCUGUUGGUUCCUAGAGGCCUGUUGGUCUCCUAGAGGCCUGUUGGCGUCCUAGAGGCCUGUUGGCUCCUAGAGGCCUGUUGGUCUCCUAGAGGCCUGUUGGUCUCCUAGAGGCCUGUUGGUCUCCUAGAGGCCUGUUGGUCUCCUAGAGGCCUGUUGGCGUCCUAGAUGGCCUGUUGGCGUCCUAGAGGCCUGUUGGCGUCCUAGAGGCCUGUUGGCGUCCUAGAGGCCUGUUGGUCUCCUAGAGGCCUGUUGGUCUCCUAGAGGCCUGUUGGUGUCCUCAGAGGCCUGUUGGUUCCUAGAGGCCUGUUGGUCUCCUAGAGGCCUGUUGGUCUCCUAGAGGCCUGUUGCGUUGUCCUAGAGGCCUGUUGGUCUCCUAGAGGCCUGUUGGCGUCCUAGAGGCCUGUUGGUCUCCUAGAGGCCUUGUUGGUCUCCUAGAGGCCUGUUGGCGUCCUAAGGCCUGUUGGCGUCCUAGAGGCCUGUUGGUCUCCUAGAGGCCUGUUGGUCUACCUAGAGGCCUGUUGGCGUCCUAGAGGCCUGUUGGUCUCCUAGAGGCCUGUUGGCGUCCUAGAGGCCUGUUGGCUCCUAGGCUGUUGCCCUAGAGGCCUGUUGGCGUCCCUAGAGGCCUGUUGGUGUCCUAGAGGCCUGUUAGUCUCCUAGAGGCCUGUUGGCGUCCUAGAGGCCUGUUGGUCUCCUAGAGGCCUGUUGGUGUCCUAGAGGCCUGUUGGUCUCCUAGAGGCCUGUUGGUGUCCUAGAGGCCUGUUAGUUUACUAGAGGCCUGUUGGCUCCUAGAGGCCUGUUGGUCUCCUAGAGGCCUGUUGGCGUCCUAGAGGCCUGUUGGUCUCCUAGAGGCCUGUUGGCGUCCUAGAGGCCUGUUGGUCUCCUAGAGGCCUGUUGGUCUCCUAGAGGCCUGUUGGCGUCCUAGAGGCCUGUUGUUUCCUGGGCCUUGGUCUCCUAGAGGCCUGUUGGUGUCCUAGAGGCCUGUGGUCCCUAGAGGCCUGUUGGUGUCCUAGAGGCCUGUUGGUCUAGCAGGGCAGAUAUUUGACGAACUGACUUGUUGGAAAGGUGGCAUCCUAUGACGGUGCCACGUUGAAAGUCACUGAGCUCUUCAGUAAGGCCAUUCUACUGCCAAUGUUUGUCUAUGGAGAUCGCAUGGCUGUGUGCUCGAUUUUAUACCUGUCAGCAACGGCAACAGGUGUGGCUGGAAAAAAAGGGCUGUCCACAUACUUUUUUAUACAUAGUGUACAAGCCAAACAAGCUACUGCCAUGUGUUCUGGGGUAAUUUGACACUAUUGGAUCAGUGGUGGAUCUGUGCUAUGUAGUACCUUUCAUCAGUCAGUAUCCUCAGUGUUUCUGAUGAACAGGCAGAACCAGGACUCAAUGGACACUUGUUGUUUCUGUCUGAAGCUACAACUGAUUUAUGUAACGCUGGAAUGGUAGCCUGGUAGCCAUGUGCUGGGCAUUCAUGUCUAGAAGCUACUUGGUACCACUUGGGUGUGUGUUUCUGGAAGCUUCUUGGUACCACUUGGGUGUGUGGUAGAAGUGUAGUGCAUGUCUCAUAAUCAGCCCACUUCUCCCUAGUGCUUGUUCACCUCGCUGCUUAUAGACUCAGCUGAUGGUGAAUUCUAGAAGCAGGACAUUCCAGUGUUUGUUGGUCAGAGGAUGCUGAAGCCAAGUCUCUAACUGCUUCCAGGUCAGUAGCCACAUAGAACCAGACAGAUGGUCUCUGGAAGCAGAUCAGAGAAAUGAACUAGUCAGGUGUUCUACUCCUUAAAGACGGACUCCUGUUUUAGUGUUGUACUCUUUAACUGCCUCCUCUGAACACUUUUAAAAACAGACUCCUGUUUUAGUAUUUCAGUGUUGUCCUCAGCUAUUUCAAAUUUUCAUGUGUCCCCUUCUGUCUAUAUCUGUCCUCUUCCUGUGUCCCCUUCUGUCUAUAUCUGUCCUCUUCCUGUGUCCCCUUCUGUCUAUAUCUGUCCUCUUCCUGUGUCCCCUUCUGUCUAUUCUGUCCUCUUCCUGGUCCCUCUGUCUUAUCUUCUCAUCUUCCUGUGUCCCCCUUGCUGUCUAUAUCUGUCCUCUUCCUGUGUCCCCUUCUGUCUAUAUCUGUCCUCUUCCUGUGUCCCCUUCUGUCUAUAUCUGUCCUCUUCCUGUGUCCCCUUCUGUCUAUAUCUGUCCUCUUCCUGUGUCCCCUUCUGUCUAUAUCUGUCCUCUUCCUGUGUCCCCUUCUGUCUAUAUCUGUCCUCUUCCUGUGUCCCCUUCUGUCUAUAUCUGUCCUCUUCCUGUGUCCCCUUCUGUCUAUAUCUGUCCUCUUCCUGUGUCCACUUCUGCAUCUGAAUCCUCCCCUCUUCUGUGAUUGGUCCAGAUCGGUGUCAGUUGCAGGUGUCCAGUGAAGUCAUCCAGAGUUCAGAGGUCAGCCAGACGGAGAUAGUGUCACAUGACCCCAAGGCCCCGCCCAGCCCGGCCACGCUGAAGCAUCGCAUGGACCAGCAGAUGUCCAGCGCCCUGAACGGUAUGGAACUACUACCAAUCUGGCAACACACAGAACUACUACCAAUCUGGCAACACACAGAACUACUACCAAUCUGGCAACACACAGAACUACUACCAAUCUGGCAACACACAGAACUACUACCAAUCUGGCAACACACAGAACUACUUCCAAUCUGGCAACACACAGAACUACUUCCAAUCUGGCAACACACAGAACUACUACCAAUCUGGCAACACACAGAACUACUACCAAUCUGGCAACACACAGAACUACUACUAAUCUGACAACCAAUGGAAUUACUACUUAUCUGGCAACACAUAGAACUACUUCCAAUCUGGCAACACACUCUUACACACAAUACAUUCCUCCUGCACGAUACCGUGCCACGGCUGGACUGUCCCCCAAUCUGGCAACGCUUCUCAGGCCCAGAACUACGGUGGGCCCUACUACUGAAAACAACCCAGGAGUUGCUAAACACACACAGUGGAAAACGGCAACAGCCCACAACCCCCCUUGUUUUGUGAGGUGUGUGCGGUGGUUGUGUGUCUGUCUAUAGAACAUGUAACACACAAACCCCCCCCCAGGUUGCUAGGUAACUCUUCUCUGGCGCUGGCUACCACCUGUCAUAAUAUAGGAAGCACGCUGAGGGCUCUGACACCAUCCAACACAACACACUUCCCCCCUGAAGCAGAGAAAGAGGCCCCUCCAUCAGUCCUGGCAGUGUCUGCCGUGUUUUCCUCCACAGAGCUGAGAGGAGAGGGC